AUGCCACAACUAUAUGCUGAUAAAUCAAAUGUUUGGAACCAAUCGAGAUUUAUCAUAAUUCCUAAAUGGAAAUCAGCAGUUUUUAAUGUAAAAAAUCACGAAGAAUCAGUUAUUCAAAUCCUGAUCGCUAAUACAUUAUAA